AGUGCGCUUGCGCGACAUCGUCCAGUCCCUUCCGGUGUGAGGAGGGUGAGUGCUUCCCCGCCUUCCCCCUCUGGGCUUGGCGCUAGGGCCGGGCGCGCAGUCACAAGUAGUAGCUCACCAACCCUCCCGCGGUCGCUGCCGCCGCCGACACCACCACUGGCACUAUGGCCCAGCCGGGGAGACCUGUGUACAGCAGCCAGAACGGGGCUGGACAAGCGCAACAACAGCCGUACAGUAACGGUCCUGUGCAAAGCCCAUUGAUGAAUUCACCACACUUAUCUGAUGGACAGGGAUACAAUUCUUUGGUCCCAGGCAUGUAUUCUCAGCAAGUGGCAACAAAAAAUCCAUUGCAUACAUCUUCUGGACUCUCUAACUAUGGUGUGUCUCAGAACGUUCCACAGUUUAGUAAUUAUCAGGGACCUGGGCAGACUCUUAAUAGACCACCUGUUGGAUCUGCUUCUCUGGCAACAGCACAACAAGGACCUGUUGCCCAAAUGCCUCCUCCAUUGCAGAACUCAGUUGUUGUAUCAAGCUCUGCAGGUACCUUUCAUUCUGGAGUUAAUCUCCCAGCACAUUCAAACUGGCAGUAUGGGCACGCUCCUUUGAAUCAGCCAACAAUGGGCUCUCAAGCAAACCAUUUUGCUCAUGGAGCAGCAACUCGGCCAUUGUUGUCAUCAACGGUGAAUACAAAUGCAUCAACGAACUAUAAUUAUGUUUCUUCUGCUGGAGGUCCUCCAGUUCAAAACAGCUAUACAAAGCCAGGUUUUGUUCCUCUGCCAGGUAGUCAGCUAACAUACUCGCCAGUUAGACCUCCAAUAGGAACUGCUCCAAUUGGAAGUCAAGCCUCUAUAUGGCCCUUGGCUCCGCCAGCGGCUCCCCCAGCAAGCAUUACAUCCCAAGCUUUACAAAAUUCAUCAACUACACAAGAAGCAGGUGAUGUUGCAUCCACUGCCAGUGAUGGAUUGUUGGUCCAGAACAAUUACGAUACAAUAGAAGGAGGUGGCUUCUUGGCAAGUGCACACACCGCUUCUGCCCCUCAGAAUCCUAAGACGAAUAGACAUGUUGGGAGUGCUUAUCCCACUCUACCACUAGGCUACCAGAAUGCAUCUCCAUCUGGAGGACCAAGAAUGCAGUAUCCAGGUGGACCACAACAGUUCCCUCAGCCGUGCUUAGGAACAAAUCCCUUAGCUGCAUCUAUGGGUGGACUGAGUCUUCAACCAGAAGGAUUAAGACCCAUCAACCUUCUUCAAGAGAGAAAUAUUCUCCCUGCAACCCCCUUGCAGCCACCCAUUCCCAACUUGCAUGAAGAUAUCCAGAAGCUCAACUGUAAUCCAGAGUUGUUCCGAUGUACCUUGACAAACAUUCCUCAAACUCAGGCCUUACUGAACAAAGCCAAACUUCCUUUGGGGCUGAUGCUUCAUCCUUUCAAAGACCUAUCGCAAUUGCCUGUGGUAACCUCCAGUACAAUUGUGAGAUGUCGUAGCUGUAGGACGUAUAUCAAUCCUUUUGUCAGCUUUCUUGACCAAAGGAGAUGGAAAUGCAACUUAUGUUACAGAGUGAAUGAUGUUCCUGAAGAAUUUAUGUACAAUCCUGUGACAAGAGUUUAUGGAGAACCUCAUAAAAGACCUGAAGUUCAAAAUGCCACAAUUGAGUUUAUGGCUCCUUCUGAAUAUAUGCUACGUCCACCUCAGCCUCCUGUAUACCUCUUUGUGUUUGAUGUGUCUCAUAAUGCAAUAGAAACAGGAUAUUUGAACACUGUAUGCAAGACUGUGUUGGACAAUCUAGAUUUAGUUCCAGGAAACACUAGGACAAAAAUAGGCUUUAUAACAUUUGACAGCACAAUCCAUUUCUAUAGCCUUCAGGAAGGUCUCUCUCAGCCACAGAUGCUAAUAGUUUCAGAUAUUGAAGAUGUGUUUAUACCGAUGCCAGAAAACCUACUAGUAAACUUAAACGAAAGCAAAGAGCUAAUUCAAGAUUUACUGAGAACUUUGCCUCAGAUGUUUACUAACUCCCUGGAAACUCAGAGUGCUCUGGGACCUGCGCUACAGGCUGCCUUUAAAUUGAUGUCCCCCACUGGUGGUCGGAUUUCUGUCUUCCAGACACAACUUCCUACUCUAGGAGUGGGUGCACUCAAAUCUCGUGAAGAGCCUAACCAAAAAGCAUCUGCAAAGGAUAUACAUCUUACACCAUCUACUGACUUCUAUAAGAAGUUGGCCUUGGAUUGCUCAGGACAGCAGGUUGCAGUUGACUUGUUCCUUCUUAGUGGGCAGUACUCUGACUUGGCUUCAUUAGGUUGUAUAUCAAGGUAUUCAGCUGGUAGUGUCUAUUACUACCAAUCUUACCAUCAGCAACACAAUCCUCUUCUGGUGGAGAAAUUACAGAAAGAACUUAAACGAUACUUGACUAGAAAGAUUGGUUUUGAGGCUGUCAUGCGAAUAAGGUGUACAAAAGGCCUUUCGAUUCAUACCUUCCAUGGCAAUUUCUUUGUGCGGUCAACAGAUCUGUUGUCUCUACCAAAUGUAAACCCUGAUGCAGGAUAUGCUGUACAAAUGUCAGUGGAGGAGAGUCUUACUGACAUGCAGGUUGUCUGUUUCCAGUCAGCUCUCCUAUAUACGUCUAGUAAAGGUGAAAGGCGGAUUCGUGUUCACACGCUGUGUUUACCGGUUGUUAGCCAACUGAGUGAUGUUUAUCUGGGAGCUGAUGUGCAAGCAAUUACUGGGCUUUUAGCCAAUAUGGCUGUUGACCGGUCAGUUUCUGCCAGUCUGAGUGAUGCUCGAGAUGCACUGGUGAAUGCUAUAGUAGAUUCCCUGUCUGCAUACCGGUCCUCCGUCCUAACCAUUCAACAGCCUGGUCUCAUGGCUCCCAUUUCGUUACGUCUCUUCCCACUAUAUGUACUGGCUCUCUUAAAACAGAAAGCAUUCCAAACUGGGACAAACAUACGUUCAGAUGAUCGCAUCUUUACCAUGUGUCAAGUGAAAAACCAACCUUUAGUGUACCUCAUGCUUAUGAUGCAUCCCAAUUUGUACAGAAUUGACAAUCUCACAGAUGAGAGGGCCCUGAACAUCAAUGAUAGAACAAUACCUCAACCGCCUAUUCUCCAAUUGUCUGCGGAGAAGUUAAACAGGGAUGGUGCUUACCUUAUGGAUGCUGGCUCUGUCAUGUUUUUGUGGGUUGGAAAGAAUUGUGGGCAGAACUUUAUCAACAAUGUCCUUGGAGUUCCACACUAUGCAUCAAUACCACACAAUUUGGCACAACUUCCAGAACUUGACACAGCUGAGUCUUCUAGAGUGCUUGCUUUUAUCUCUUGGCUGAGGGAGCAAAGGCCCUUCUUUCCUAUAUUGUAUAUUUUGAGGGAUGAAAGUCCAUGGAAACCAAGUUUCCUACAAAACAUGAUAGAAGACAGAACAGAAUCUGCAUUAUCAUACUACGAGUUUCUUUUGCAUAUUCAACAGCAAGUGAAUAAAUGAGCCCUUCUUUAAAGGACCGUUUCUCUGCACAGAACACUUGUGCUUGUAAUGCUCCUAUAAAGGUUUUGGCCUGAUGCAGUUGAUGUGAAUCUCACUGUGAUUUUCAACAACAAAAACAAAGCAAGUAAAGGACCACUGAAUCCUGUACUUUAAACAAUUAAAACUCAUUUGAACAUG